CAAAUUAGUGCUAAUUUAGGAUUGCAAAUCACGUGUUAAAAACUACUUAUCCUUUUUUUUGAAGCAAAAAAACCAACUUUCAAUCUAAUCCAAACAAUAGCAGCUUAGCUAGAAACACAACAAUUUUGUUAAGGAAAGUAAGAAACAGGGGAAAUGGAAGAAAACGAGGCCGAGUGGAGCGAGUUAACUCGUGAGUGUCUCAUCAACAUCCUAUCUCGACUCACCGUUGAAGAUCAAUGGCACGGUGCGAUGCUUGUCUGCAAAUCAUGGUUCAACGCCUUCAACGAACCAUCUCUUCACUCUGUAUUCAAUCUCGAUCCCUACUUUGACUCGCCAUCCGAGUCACCUCGCUGGUGGACCCUCCAAUUCGAGUCUAAGAUUGAUUCCAUGCUUCAAUCUGUUGUUCAAUGGACUCAUCUCUUCCUCACCCAAAUUCGCAUUCGACACUGCUCUGAUCGCUCUCUUACUCUCGUUGCAGAAAGAUGUCCAAAUCUUGAGGUGUUGUCAAUCAGAAGCUGCCCUCGUGUUACUGAUGAUUCUAUCUCUAAGAUUGCUGUUGGUUGUCCAAAAUUAAGGGAAUUGGACAUCAGCUAUUGUUAUGAGAUAACUCACGAGUCAUUGGUGCUGAUUGGAAAAAAUUGCACCAACCUUAAAGUUCUCAAGAGAAAUCUCAUGAAUUGGCUUGAUCCAUCCCAACAUGUAGGGAUUGUUCCUGCCGAGUAUCUAAAUGCUUGUCCGCAAGAUGGAGAUGCUGAAGCUGCCGCUAUUGCUAAUUCUAUGCCUCAUCUAGAGUGUCUAGAGAUUAGGUUCUCCAAGUUAACGGCUAAAGGCCUCAAUUUGAUAUGUCAGGGGUGUCCUAACCUUGAGUACUUGGAUUUGUCUGGCUGUGCUAACUUAACUAGUCGAGACAUUGUAAAUGCAUCGUCCAGUUUGUCGAGCCUGAAAGACAUAAAAAAGCCAAAUUUCUACAUUCCAAGGUCCGUCUAUCACACUGAAAGGUAUGGACAUUGGAACCUAUAUGAUGAGAGAUUUCAAACAGAUAUUUUCCGAAUCUGACCGUUGAUAAGAAGAUUAUCCAAGAUUUAAGCUAUGACUCUAUCAACCCAUCUUCUUCCUACUGCUCUGUGCAGAUCUUAAUCGGAUUUCUUCGGUCAUCAACCCAGUCAAAUAUAUCUUACAGAAGUUAUGAUCUUUGUCUUUGUAAUUCCUGUUCUAUUUUGUAUGUUUUCCUUGUAUCUGUAAUGUGUAUGUAUAGAAGAUCAUUGUCUCAGGUCCCCAUAAUGGAUUUACCUAAUAAUAUUACGAUUAUUUCUCUUUA